AUGGCGGCAGCCUUGAAUCGAACGUGGUGUAGAAUAGUGACUUCAAAACAAUUUGAUUUCAAAGUAGUACAGCAYAUAUCGAGAUGCUAUACAGUAAGCAGUGUGAAAMGAAAAGAUGGUGUAAUGAAUAGGGUCAAGAAAUUUGUUUUUGGUGAAAGUAUAGAAUUACCCGAGAGUGAUUCAGUUUACUAUGACUUAGAAGAAACUAAAACUCCACUCAUUUACUAUAUGGAUCCCAGUGAAAUAAAAGAAAAGUUUGAUUCUAUUAUGAAUGAAGUUGGCCAUGACAGCAAGAAUAUAUCAGAUGAUCUAAUGAAAUAUAAGAUUCUUUGUCGUUGCCAUGAAGAGUUUGGUGUGCUCUUUCCCAGUUUUCAACUUAGCAGCAUUGCACAGUUGCAGGACAUUGAAGAUUUUUACUGUAGGGCUAAGCAACCUUCAAAAUCUAAUACACUGAACAUKUUGGACAUUGAGAAUACUCCUCCAAAUCUCAAGAUAGGAGGCAAAGUUCCAAGAAAAUGACUUAGUUAUGGACUAUAUUAUUGAAACAGAAGAAUACAGAAAAAAAGUAAAAUGUGGAAAAUAAUUGCAUUUCACUUUAUUCAAAUUCGUUGUGUAUGAAAACAGUUAAUUGCUUAAUUUCAUUUCAAAAUGUAUUUCAGUGACAUUAUUCUCGUUCAUGUUUAUGGAAAARAAAUUUAUUCAUAUGAAUGGAGCACUGCGAACAGUAAUUUCCUUCUCUCUUCUAAAUAUUAUCUUUAUUUUUGUGCAAAAUAAACUGAUUCUGAUUCUGGCCUAAGAAAGCUUGAAAUCAAUGUUGAAGGAUAGAGACCACAGAGUCAGAGGAAACUUCCUGUAUUUUAAAAAAAAUAAAUAGCUUACAAUAUGAUUUUUUGAGCUAUUAUGACAAUUUAUUUUGGUGGAUUAUCUUCAUUAUAUUAUUUUACAACCCAACUGUAGAAAUAUUUUCCACACAGCUUAUUUAGGCCAGUAGAGAAACUAGGAGAACAUCAACUUCAAGCUUUUAAAUCUUAAAUAUCCCACUAAAGUCGAAUGUGUGUACCAUAUGUAGGUGAUUAACACGCACUUUAAAACUGUAGCUCAUGCAGAUUUAAACAAAGCAAUGUGAAUCAUUGUAGAAAAGCAUGACAACAUUAAGUGUUUUUGAACAUCUGCAGUAUAKUAUAUGACAUUCAUAAUAUUAAAAAUCAUUUACAUAUAUCA